CCGAUGUAAAUGAUAUUGUGAUAGAAAAGAAAUGGCCGACCUAGAAAAAGUGAAAGUACUUGUGGUAGGCGAUUCCGGUAGGAAAAUAUAUAGUAACGUUUAUACUGAAUAUUGUGUUGUAAUAUGAAAAUUUUAUUGAAAUAGUAUUAAUUUUAAGUUUCCUUUAAUAUACGAUACAGGAAUGACAAUUCAUUUAAUAUCAACAAUCAAUUUUUGAAAGCCAGCUGACAAUCAAUGAAAAUGAAUAACAAUGAAUCAUCAUUUGAAUUUGAUAUAGUAUUCUAUGCAAUAUUGACAAAAUUAAAAAAAUGAAAACGAAAAAGCAAUUCAACAUGCCACGGUGGCAUGAUGGAAUUGAUUGACUAGUUAACUUGACUGCAUUGCUAGCAUGAGAGAUAAGAUGUAACUCAACGUGACAGUGACGUAAUUAAAUUAUUUAUGAUAGUAUUUACAAGGAGACUUCCAGACAUUACAGUAUUACAGUUACAGUUCAGUUCAUUUAAACAAUACUGUGAAUAUCAAUCCAAAUAUUAAUUAAAGGCUGUGGCUGGCUAUUGUAUUGGUAUUAUAGUAAACUGCCAAUAGUAAUAGCUUCUAGAGUCUAGAGAGCUGUCUAAGCGGCUAUUGGUAGUUUACUAUAAAAAAGAACUACCAAUUGGUGAUAGAUUGAAAUAGUCAUAAUAUAUCAAUAAUUAUUGGUAGUCACAAUUUAUUUUUGAUUACAACAAUGAAAUCAAUCUAAAGUAUGUAUGGGUAAUAAGGGGAGAGACUGCAAUCAGGCUAGCACAAUAUAAAAUGAGUAAAACAGAGUAGGGUUAAACCUGAUAAAAUACACGCAACAAAACAACGAACAUGUCGGCAGAAAGCCUUUGUCAGCAAACAAAACAACAACAAAAAUGGUAUUAAAAUAAGAAAUAGCACUUAGCUGGGAAGUAGUGUCCGUGAACAGCAAAAGAAAUGUGCCUCUUAAAAAGUUUUCUUUAAGAGAGUGAAUGCAAGUUCCUCAAAGUCGGUGGUUAGGUUCGGUGGAAGUAAGCUAAAGACAGUUAAGAUAAAGGAACGAAGUUGAUUCAUAGUGGUUUUGAAGGAAGGCAUAGUGGAGUAGUGACAGACCAGGGGAAAGGGGAUGUCCACAACGGGGAAAAAAGUCAGAAGGGUAAUGUAAGAAUAAGAGAAAGUUGAUGAGAGAGAGAGAUAUGAAAGGACGUGCCAAGAGCCUAAAAAAGGGAUAAAGCAAGAAAACAAAUGACAAGUAGCAGUCAAGAAGUAAAUUAAAAAGGGUAAUAAGGGGAGAGACUGCAAUCAGGUUAGCACAAUAUAAAAAAAAUGAUUAAAACAGAGUAGGGUUAAACCUGAUAAAAUAAACGCAACAAAACAACGAACGUGUCGGCAGAAAGCCUUCGUCAGUGAACAAAACAACAGAAAAAAUGGUAUGAAAAUAAGAAAUAAGAAAUAGCACUUAGCUGGUGGGGCGGUGUUGGUUCAAGUGACCAUGUUCCUGAAAAAUGAUUGGCCUAAGCUUAUUUUAUCAUCCUUAAGCCUAAUCACGUUAUUAUACAUUUUCAUUUAACUAAAGUAAAAAGAUUUUGAUUUUAAUAUGCACACUUUGCAUUCAGUAAAAUUUCUUAUGGUAAUUAUUUCGGCAAGUAUUUUAAUUUAUAAUUUUAAUCAUAAUAAUUAGCACACACAAAAUGUUUACAGCUGGAUUUUAUUUUUACUGCACAUCUUACUUUGGCCUUGGCAAAGAAGAAGCUGGGUAAAAAGUUUCAGACUAUGAUCCCCUUCCCCCCAGUAUCAUACAUCUAUCUAAGAUCUAUAUUAGGUCUAUAUUAUAAAUUAUAUAGCAAUAUAGCCAAAUCUGAUCAUGGGGAAGGCUUCAGCAGAUAGUGUUAAAACUUUAAAACAGCACUGUAGAUUUUAUAAUUAGUGCCAAAGUGUUGUCACUAGUACAAACUAGUAAUAAAUGAACGGCGCAAUACUUCGCCAGCCUCAUUGGAAGCGGGUAUUUAAAGCUCAGAUUUUUGUUUGAUUUGAUUGGCUGUACUACCAAUAGCUCUCAAGAAGCUAUAGGUAGGUUACUACAAAUAGCUCCCUGCACUAACUAGAAGCUAACUAUAGGUAGUAAACUACCAAUAUACACUUUCUUAUUAAAAGUAAAAGCUUUUCAUUUGCUUUAUCAUUAUGGAAUGGUUCAGGGGAAUUAAAUAAGAGCUAAAAAAAUCCCUCUUGUAAAAUGUGAUUGUUUGCUUAAGUCUUAUUUUAUAUAGGUAUAGAGUCAGAGUUAAAAGAAAAAGAUUGUUGACAGUGGAACAACACAGAGUUUGUGGGUGUUUUGUUCUUCAAUCAUCAUUUGUUGAGAUUUUUUACUUAGCAUUUACCUGUCUACAAGCCCAAGCCUUGUGUCAUGAUAUUUUUUUGAUAAAAAUUUAGUCAAUGGAUAAUUGAUCAAUGGAAGUUUGGUUGAACUGAAAUUUUUUUGAAUUUUUAAAAAUUCUUUGUUGUUGCUGUUGUUAAGUCAUAGAGGUGCGAGAUAGAAUGGAAAUAUUAUUCAAACUUACUUUUUUUUCGACCAAACUUCCGUUUGACAGAAUUUCCAUACUUAACAAUAGUACUGACGAGACAAUACUGUUGUGUAAAAUGUCACAUGUUUGCUUUAGAUGAGUUAUUUUCAAUUAUUAAAUAAGCCUUUAUGGCAUGGUUUUAGGAGACUUGAAAUAUAAUGAGUGCCAAUAAAUCCAUCAAAUUCAAUUGUUAGCUUGAGAACUGAGUUAAAAGAAAAGAUUUUAAGAACAACAUCGAGUCUUUGGCUGUCUUAUUCUUCAAUAAUCGAUAUUUAGAUUAUUUACUUGGAAUAUACGUGUCUUUUCAACCAAAUUUCCAUUUGACCUUAUGUCAGAUUUUCAAUUUUCCAUCAACCAAAUUUCUUUCCAAAAAAUUUCCUGCAACCCCCAAGUCUUAACAUUCUAAUCCCAUCAAGUUAUUUUCCCAUAUCUGGGGAUAACUCUGGAUGAAUAAUAAGCAAAGUCUAAAGCAGUGGUCCUUAAACAACGGAUGCAGGCUAGAUCUGGCCUUCCUGGUGUCCUGAACCAUAUCCCCCUGGCCACUGUAUGGGUACUCUGAAAGUAAAGUUGGCUCAUGAAAAUGCCCAUAAUGCUGCUUCAAUAGUAAAUACCCAGCGAGUGGUAACACAUGUCACAAGAAGAAAACACAUGGCACUCUGCAGCCUUAACCCCCCCCCCCCCCGGGCCUGGAUAACAAAUAAGAUAUAUGCAGUGUGCAUGGGAAUAUGUUCAUAUUUUUUAUUUUCAAACUGUAGUAAACCUGCUUAAAAUGUUGGAGGACACAGGCUCUAAAGAGUCAAAUAAUUUAUUAUGAUUAGAUACAAACAAGUCUUUCUGAAUUAUGUCUUUGACAUCUGAAGAAUCUCUAUGCAACAGUAUGUUUUAUUUUGUUUCACAUUUCAAUUUGACUAAUGCCUCCUUUACAAAUCAUUUCCAAGCUGUUUUUUAUUUAUUUUUUGUAAACAAACAAGCUUUUUAUCUUCAAUGAAUAGGAGUGGGUAAAACAUCAUUGGUUCAUCUCAUUUGCCAUAAUGAACCUUGCUAUACCCCAACAGCCACCAUAGGAUGCUCAGUGGAAGUGAAAGUAGGCUAACACUUACUAAUAGAAUAUUUUCUAAAAAAAAGUCUUGUCUUCCGAUAUAAACAUAAUUAUUAUUAUUUUCUUUAGAAAUACCAUACUCAUACUGUUUCAGUUUUAGUAUGAGCAACAAAAAAAUGCAGUAGUCAUGUUAUUUGAUAUUUAUUUUAUUUUUUAAGAUUUACAAGUGACAUUGACAUACGCAAUCACAUUAAGAACAAAAUAUAACAAGUAUCUGAUUAGCCUCAAGUUUUUUAAAAAUUUUCCUUCCCUUAGCUCCAUGAAUACAGAGCUGGUACACCUUCAGAGAAAGAUUUUUUUGUUGAACUCUGGGAUAUUGGAGGUGCUGCCAGUCAUGCUAACAGUAGAUCUAUUUUUUAUCAUCAAGUUCAAGGUUUGAUAUUAAAUAUGUUUUCCAAAAAGGAAUCUUAUGUCUUAUAGAAAUCAUGUUUAAUUUUUCUAUCCUUGUUUUAAUAUAAAGUGUAUUAAUAAUAUUAUAACUAUAUAACUGCUCUAAAAUAUGGAUGGUAUAAGCUAUAUUAUUAAAAGCAACAUUGCAUUCAUUUUUUAUUUGAUCAUUCAUUAUUUAUAUUUGUAACUUUUGAAUUAUAAUUCACGAAAAUUAAUAAUCAUAGAUUAUUUACUGUUGAAAUUGAACAGUGCUGUCCAGCCCACUGGCCACAUUGAAAGUCCCACCACUGCUUAAGAAAUGUUUAUGAUGUGUGUAAAAAAAAAAAGAAAAACAUAUUAGGGUUAAAAUAUUUUAAGUAUUGGGAAAUCAUGUGAGAGCACAGGGGAAGUUGUAACAUGGAGAAGGGAUAAGUCACUAAACGCUAAGGAGUGGGAUGGGUUGACAAAAAUUAAUAAUCAUAGAUUAUUUACUGUUGAAAUUGAACAGUGCUGUCCAGCCCACUGGCCACAUUGAAAGUCCCACCACUGCUUAAGAAAUGUUUAUGAUGUGUGUAAAAAAAAAAAAAAACAUAUUAGGGUUAAAAUAUUUUAAGUAUUGGGAAAUCAUGUGAGAGCACAGGGGAAGUUGUAACAUGGAGAAGGGAUAAGUCACUAAACGCUAAGGAGUGGGAUGGGUUGACAGGUAGCAGUGAAACACAUCAGCAUAGCAACCAUUUAGAAACAUGGGGUUGCUUGAAAUCAGAUACUUUCUUCUCCUUCUUUCUGUUGCUUGUAUAGGCGAAGCGUCAACGGGUAUCUGGUAUAAUUACUAACAGCAUUGGGGAAGAUGAAUAGGGAAACCAAAAUUAACUUAAUGUGUAGCUAUUUAGUCAUUGUAAAAAUAUCCAUACAGGCUCAAGUUAGGUGAAAUAGGUGAGCGCCACAAGUUAACUGCACAUUGUAGGAUGAUAAUAAUAUGACAAGAAAGUCUUGGGCUCAGAGUAAUCAAGAUGUUAUCUGGAGUACUAAAGUGUCACAAAUGACUAAUGUGGGUAGUGUGAACCACUUACGGCACCAUGUUAUUUAAACAGGUGGUCUAUCCAGGUAUGGGAGAGUCUGUGUCCAUUUUGUAUUGUAGUAACAUUGGGGAUAUCUGGUAUUCAGAGAUCGGAUUAUGAGACUUUCAAUUAGUAGAAAGCAGGAUACAUGUGUUUGUUUUUAUCUCAUGCAAUUCAGUCAGGUAGGAAUUGUGAGAGAGGUUGGACAGCACUGACAACAGUAAGUUGGCUACCAUUUUUUGUUAUAUUUUAUCAAUAAACGUAUUAAUCUUUGUGAAGAAUUAUUUGGUAAAUAAAAUCAUGAUUUAAAUAAUUUAUUUACAUGAUUAUUUUACAGGUAUUAUUCUAGUCCAUGAUUUAACCAAUCGUAAAUCUCAUCAAAACUUGCGGAAAUGGCUAGCGGAAACAUUAAGUAAAGAUGAUUUGAAACCAAACAAUGGGUAAUACCACAUGUCAUCAAUGUUAAAUCAAAUUUUCUCAAUAAAAUAAAUUUGUUCCUGUCGGACAUGUGUGUUAAAUUUUUUAAUUGCUAAAACUUAUAAUAGAAGUUUAGUCCUUCAUGGAUUUGUUUUUACUUUAUUUGCUCUGUUUCAGUUAUGACUUUGAUCCAGAGCAGUUUGCUGGGAACCAGACUCCAAUUUUAGUAAUUGGCACUAAAAUUGAUUCAGCACAAUCAUUGAGAGAGAAAAAUACUUUACGUUCAUCCCACAUAGCAGAAGAAUGUGGAGCAGAUGAAUUCAAUUUAGUAUGUAUUCCAUCCCAUGAUCUUAUUUCUUCUGCAUAUUCACAAACUACACCAGCUUGUUCAAGUUUUUAAAAUGUAACCAUUUUUUGUAACUAGAUUUGGUGUUUACUGGGUAGUAACAACAUUUUUUCUACUCUAAAUAUUGAUUUCCAUUAGUUAACAAUUGAAGACCCUAGUGCUAAAGUUACAUAAUAAGUAACAUAUAUUCAAUUUGAGACGAUCCACUUUGAAAAUUCAAACAGACUAUCAAAUUAUUCAAAUUUUGUGUGUGACUCUAGUACUUUUAGCAGUGGAGACUUCAAUUGUGUUAGAAAUAAAAAUAAUAACGCAUUAAAUACCAAAAAUUAGUGUGAAAUAUCUUUCUAAUUGUAACAUACAUAGAAGUCACUAAAUCCUAAAACUACAUUCUUGCUACUCUACAUUUUUUUUAUAUUUUAGAAUACAUUCUUAAUAUUUAAAAAAAAAAUGAUUUUAUAACAGGACUGUUUACAAGUUAAACAGUUGGCACCAGGCUCCACCAAUGCGGUCAAGCUGUCCAGGUUUUUUGAUAAAGUGAGGAGCAUGCAACUAAAUUAUUUUAUUAAUUUUUUUUUUAAAUUAAGCACCAUUUCCAAAUGUUAUAUUUUAUUUUAUUAUUUAAAUUAAAUUAGUUUCCAAAUAGUAAUUAUUGUAAAAUAUGUUUUUUCAGUAUAUUCAUUUGAUGAACAUCUGUUGAUAUAAUUAUUUAUUUUUUUAAAGGCCUUUAAAUAGCCGAAACUUCUGUCUAUCUUUUAAUAAAUCUGUAACAAAACUAAUUAUGGUUUUUUUUUUUCUGUAAAACAGGUGGUGGAAAGAAAGUUGUCCAGCAAUCAGGUCAGUACAGCAGAAAGUACUGGCAAUCGCCAGGGUUUCGAGUUUGGGCCAUUUUAGGGCUUGAGGGAUGCAAUUACGUAAGGCUUAACUUGAGUUCAAAACUUUCUUGUGUUUUUUCCCUAUACUGGUGAUGGGAGAUAAAUUUAGUGGGUGAAUCCUGUAUAGUAGAUAGCCUGUGAUUCCAUUACUGUAACAUCUUACACAAGGGCUGCUUUAAAAGAUCAAUGACUUUGGUAUGAGAAAGCAAUAGUACUCCAAGACUAAUAAAUGAAACUAAUGAUUAAUGUUUUAACCUUGAAGGAUCCUGACUGCUGUGUAAUGUAGCAUCUUUACUGCUGUGUAGCAUAGCAUCCCUACUGUCAUGUAAUAUAGCAUAUGUGCUGCUGUGUAGCACAAGUAGCACUGCAUCCCUACCGCUGUGCAAUGUAGCUUCCAAAAUUCUGUUUAACACAGCAUCCUACCUGCUGUGUAGUAUAGCAUCCCCUUCAUUAGCACUCAUUUUUAAAGUGGGUGUUUGAAUUGUCUGAAUUUCAUAGCAUUUCAUGCAAUUAUGAAAAUAAAACUUCAUUUUAAUUCUAUGUUUACUUUUCCUAAUCAAAGCUCACCUGCUCAAUUGAUAUUUAUAAAUUAUGUUUAGGUUGAACACUUAAGUAUUUCUGGUAUGUAGUGUGUGUAUUAUUCUAACAAGUUAACAAGAAAUAAUUUAAUUGAGAUUCUGGUUUCUAUGGGUUGCUGAGAGAGUCAAAGAUUCCAAUUUUCAGAAGACAAUAUGCUCUGUAUUCCUUUGAUUACCAACUUAGAAAUGUUAUAUUUGGGAUUUUCAUGUUGUUUUGUACACAAAGUUUUUUGGUGGAGGCUUCUUAAUGUCAUAUAUUUGAUCUGUUGUUUUAUAUAAAACUGUAUAGAAAAGAUGAAUAAUCUGUGUCCUAACUAAUCUAACCGUAAAGAGUAUAUCUUGAGUGUUUCUCAUGGCUUGAAAUUGUCUACUUUUAGAAAUAACAUUCUUUAACUAGAACAUGUAUUCUGUUUGUCAGUCCACACUGGCUUUGGCAAUGACCUUUUAAUUUAUUUUUUUUAAAUUGGAAGUUUGAAUGAAGCAGUCAGUUACAGAAAUAUACACUUACUGCUUUUCUCAUUGAGAAAUAAGAAAAGCAUUAUUGCUUGGCUCCUUAAAUUCAAUCACAAUUUCUUUCUUACGUGAACAUUCAAACAUAAUUAUGUUUGUUCUCUGAACUGAAGAUCAGUGAAUUAAUAGCCAAAUGGCAAUGAUAGUUAUUAUAAUAUUUGUUUUUCAAUUCAAUAAAUAAUUUUUAACCAAAAAAAAUGAAAAGAAUAUCUUAUAAUUCAUAAUAAAAGACAAUUUUUAGUUCACUUUAUAGUAAUAGGAUUAUAGGUAGCAGUGCAGUUCAAAAUACAUUACCGCUAAGACUUCAGUAAUCCUGGCAAAUUUUGGUUUGACCCAGACUUAACAGUAUCUUCAAAUCCCUUUGGGAACCAAAUUACCUGAGUUAUGUAAUUAAAUAUAAAAAUUUCAAGAUAGCUUUUAAUAACCAGUAAAUUAGAAAACUAGAUUUAAAGCUAAGAUAAAACCUCAACUAGUCAAAAACUGCAUAAUAUGCCUACAGCGCUUUAUUUCUAAUCACAUGAUGUACAGUAUUGAACUGCAUAAUAUGCCUGUAGUGCUUUAUUUCUAAUCAUAUCAUGUACAGUAUUGAACAUGUCAUUGUUUAUGGACAAAGUCUUCAAUUCACGUUAAAUCAUGUUGUGAUUCUCACCAUUAGGCAAUCAGCAAUUUGGAACAUCUGGAUUAUUGUCAUGCUGUUGUAUUAUGUAUGGUGUUAAGAUAUUAAAUUUGAAAAUUCCAACAGUAUAAAAUUGAAUCCAUUUUGAAGUUUGAAAACAAAUUUAAUUUCUAACGUAACAAAAACUAUCCUGUUAAGUAAUUAUUAUGCUGACAUUGUAUCAGUGGAGAAUUUUAGUGAUGAGUUAGAAAGUUAUAUUUAUGGGCAAGAAAAGUUAUAUCAUGUGUGAGGGAAGAACUAUUUGAUAAUUUUUAACAACUAGUUUACAGUGGUGUAGUCAUGCAAGGGCACCAGUCCAAUAGAAUGCCUUUUACUUAACCUGCCUGCCUUAAACACUGACAAAAACUGUUGUAAAUAUUGAGUUUUAAAAUUGUGCUUUAUUUAACAUUAAAUCUAAAUUUCAAUGUGUGAUUUAUAUAUUUCUCAACAUUCAUCUUCCUGGAGAUUGAUAACAAGAUGAGGAAUCUUUUAGUUCGUGUUAACAGUGUUCUUCUGAUCUUGGUUUUCAUUAGGGACUUAUGCCAGUUCUUUUUCUUUUCUUUCAUUUUAGGUGCUGGUGGGAUUUAGACAUAUUAAUUAUAAUAUUAUUUAAAUUUAAUUUAUAAUUACUGGGUGUAUUAAUGUUUUUUUUUGUUGCACUGAUGAAAGUAAUUGCCAAAACUUUUAAAUUUGUUUUUGUUAAUCAAAGCUUAACUUAUAUUGUUUUCUUUACACAAAUUGUUUGAGUCUCAUUAAACUAGUCACAGUAAUUUACACACGUUGAUGAUUUUAAUAAUAAUAAAGAAUGACACCAUGUUGUGUAGCUCUGUAUACACUAUGUAUUUAUAACCAGGUACUCGUAUCUAAUUUCAUAGUCAUACAGUUUGUAAAGUGCCCUGGGAAAAUAUUUUACGUCAACACCACCGCUAGUUAGUUAAUAUAUAUUUAUUUAUACGGUACAUAUUUGAUACCAAUAUACAUAUUUUAAUUCUUUUUUUUUUGUUCACAGGGUCACAUCAGUCCUAUGCAGACCAGGAGAGUGUGGAAGAACUCUCAUGCAGAUUGAAUUGAUGUGUGAAGGGAAUUAAUUAAAACAGAAGUGCGAUAGAGAAGAAUGCUGAGACAUGUGUACAGAUACUGUGAGCAAAUCAUAAGUGUGCAAGGAACUGAGUCUGUUAAUGAAUGUUAAAUUACAAAGGAUGCUACUUCAGACCAAGAAAUGAAAUGUUGAUGCUAGGAAUGCCAGUUUAGUAAUUGAUAUAACUUCACAUUUCUCAUAUAUAUUUGCUUUUGUCAAUAAACUAAUAAAAGUUUUGUUAAUGUUUAGGUUUUGUGAAAGAAUGAAUGGAUGAAAUAUGGUGAUUUCUAGGUCUUGAAAAAGGAAAAUGUACUCUUAAAAUUAAACAUUAUUGCAACCAUAUUUUUUUGAACGAAACAUUCAAAUUUGGUGUCAUGAAAUAGUGUUCAUGAUUUGAGGCUUAAAUUUACAAUUAAUGUUUUCAGUUUAACUUAUGUGUUAAAUCUUGCUAAGGAAGGAGUUGUUCUAAGAAGUCAAGUA